CUUUCAAUUCAUUCCAUUUGUCCUGUAGCAUUUGAUUCAGUAGAGUCUGCUGUUUGGUGAGAAGCUGGUCCAUCGUUUUUUCCUGCUGAAUUAUGCUACGUGUGACAGCGGCCAGUUUUUGCUCAACGAUUUCUCGAUCCUGUUUCACUGCCGCUUCCGCUUCGUUCCAUUUGUCCAGUAAAUGCUCUAGCUUCGUAAUUAUCAUCUCAAACGCAAAUACAGAAACGUGUGUAAAAUCGGGCAGAUUAUCGCUCAUGAACCCCCGAUUUGUAGCAAAAAUGUCUUCCCCCAACCUUCACUAAUCUUAUCGUUCUCCCGGGGGAUGACCUGGUAGAAUGGGGCUGCCUAAUUGCCCAUUGUAUUGCCCUGCGACGGGGAACGAAACCUUGCUAAAAUGCGUCCGUUCACGUUCGUCCAUUGACCACCCUCUAUCGGACAUCGGAUCUGUCAUCAUCGGAGGUGGACCAGAUUAGUGAUAUAAAUCAAGCUGUAUCGUGCGAUUAAGCCGUAAGAUUGCUGGAUAGGCCGUGGCAUUCGUUAGCCAUCAGUCCCGCGUAGUUGUUCAUCGUUCGCAAGCGACAACCCGUAGAACUGAGAGGAGUUCAAAAUGAGAGCUGUUUUGUUGGCGUCCAGUGCUUUGCUAGUGCUUGCAGCAUCAAUCAACUGCUUGCCGACGGGAGGAAAGGCAGUGCCCAACACUCCCGAGAAUGUGGAACGAUUGGCUCACCUCGGACCGGAUGAGCUCGCCGAGGAGCUAAGUGGUCAGUUCGAGGGUGACAUGGUGCUGGACGACGAGCAGAUGGAUAUAGUGCGCAACCGGCGCAACGGUUUGAUUGCCCAAAAUCGUCGCUGGCCAGACCGUACCGUGUACUACUACAUCCACGAGCCUGACUUCACUCAGGCACAGAUCGACCAUAUCGAGCUGGGCGUUCGGCUACUCCAGAGCCAGUCUUGCCUUCGGUUCCAUCGCGUGUCUUCCGAUGCGCCCGCCUACAUUCGCGUGAUCGGAUCCGAUUCGGGCUGCUACUCGUCGGUUGGGUACACGGGCCGCGCCCAAAACCUUAACCUGGCGCCUAGCGUCCCCGGGCAGGGUUGCUUCCGCAUCGGGACGGUGGUGCACGAGUUCCUGCACGCUCUCGGUUUCUACCAUCAGCAGAGUGCCAGCGAUCGCGACGAGUUCGUCGACAUCAUCUGGGAGAACAUCCAAACGGGCACGGAGAACAACUUCAACAUCUACAACAGCAGCGUGGUGACAGACUUCAACGUGCAGUACGACUACGGCAGCGUGAUGCACUACGGUGCAACGGCUUUCUCCGUGAACGGGCAGCGCACGAUCAUACCGAAGGAUCCGAACGCGACGAUCGGGCAGCGCAUCAGCAUGAGCGAACGGGAUAUCUCCAAGCUGAACUGGAUGUACGGUUGUCUCGGCAAGGUUUAACACUCCCAGAGGAAGUGCUGUUUCAAACGUUUCGUGAUAUCAAUGGAGAAAGACUGUUAAAGUUAAAGUAAUGGAGCAAUAAACGGUAUUCGAAAGUGAUAUUAAACUUGAA